AUGACUUCCAGAAUGUUUCCAAAAUCCUCCAUUCUCCUGAUAUUUGCAGUUGUUUUGAGCCUCACCCACACGUCCUUAUGUCAAGACUGGAAAACUUUUCAGAAGAAGCACUUGACAAGUUCCCUGGAUGUUGACUGCGAUAAUGUCAUGAGAAGAGCCUUGUUCAACUGCAAGGCACGGAACACCUUUAUUUAUUCACUUCCCAACCCGGUGAAGGCCCUCUGUAGAGGAGUUCCACACACCAAGGAUGUAUUAAGUCGUAAAGAGUUUAGACUCAUUGAUUGCAUUGAAACAGCCAAGUAUUGCCAGUAUAAA